UUAGGAGGCACUUAUUCUGCUAUAUAUUAAUAUUAUUAUCUUGCUAUAAUGCGCAUUAUGGAGUUCUUAAAUACAUAAUUGAGGGGACUAUUUCACAAAAAGUCAUUGGAAUUUAAUAAGGAAAUUUGGGUAUUCAGUUGAGAAUGGGAAUCUGCAUAUCCGUUGCAUCUUCAGAGAUUUAUGAGGCUGAAGACUGCCAGGAAAAUGUUCUCUACUUGGCUGGAAACACUGCUUCUAUUGGAAUUCAGAAACUUGGCUCUCUUUACUCUAAGCAGGGAAGCAAAGGACUAAACCAGGAUGCUGCCAUCCUUUAUCAGGACUAUGGAAUGGAAGGUGGAGCAUUCUGUGGAGUUUUUGAUGGUCAUGGAAAGAAUGGUCACGUAGUGAGCAAUAUGGUGAGAAAUCGGUUGCCAUCACUCUUGCUAAGCCAAAAGAAUGCUCUGGCAAAGAUUAAGACGAAUUUCCAAGAUCAGGUGGCAAAAACAAAAGGUGGAUCGGUACCAAACAAGGAUGUUCUUAAAUGGCAAGAGGCUUGCAUCAGUGCCUUCAAGGUGAUGGACAAGGAGAUUAAGCUUCAAGAGAAUUUGGAUUGCUCUACCAGUGGAACCACCGCAGUUGUUGUUUUGAGACAGGGUGAAAAUCUUGUUAUUGCAAACCUUGGCGAUUCGAGGGCGAUUCUAGGAACAAAAACCGAGAAUGGGAUCAAGGCUGUUCAAUUAACUACCGAUUUGAAGCCUGGUUUACCCAGUGAAGCCCAAAGAAUAAGGAAUUGCAAUGGUAGGGUACUUGCUUUAAAGGAAGAAGCACAUAUCCAGCGUGUGUGGCUACCCCAUGAAGAUUAUCCAGGCCUAGCCAUGUCUCGAGCUUUUGGAGACUUUCUACUCAAGAACCAUGGAAUAAUUGCAAUCCCUGACAUCUUCUAUCACCACAUAACUCCAAAUGAUCACUUCAUUGUUCUUGCAACUGAUGGGGUAUGGGAUGUGCUCAACAACAACCAAGUUGCCUCCGUAGUGAUGGAGGCAGAGAGCGAGCAGGCAGCGGCAAGGACAGUGGUGGAGGCAGCUAUCGCCUCAUGGAAAAAGAAGUUUCCAUCUUCAAAAGUAGAUGACUGCACCGUGGUUUGCCUCUUCCUCCAAAAAAAGCAACAGUAUCCAGGUUUCUUGCCUGUUGAAACCUAACUAGUUGGUCGGCCUCCUCUGUUUUUUAUCGCAGAACAAGUUUUUAAAUACUCUUGUGACUAAUUUGUUAACCACCAUUAACUGUUCUAAGAUUGAAAUGAUCUUGGUCCAAUGGAUUGUAGCGAUGGCGUAUCAAUUACGUUGCCAAAGAAAACAGAUGCGUGGAACAGUAAGUUUCAAUGAUGUGUCAUAUUUGAUGAAUGAUCUAAAACUAAUCACCUACAUGGAAGCCAUGAAAGCUAUAGGAAUGGGCGUGA